UCGGACACUGGGACCCGGACUGAGGGAGAGGCCCAGAGAGGCAGGAAGACUUGGUGAAGGAGUGCCAGGGAAGAUAAGGAAGCCCAACCCGCCUAGGGGGACGGGAAGGAGGGGGACAAGAAGGAGGGGGAGCCGCCUUGAGCCUGGUGCCCGGUGUCCCGUGCCCUGCCCCUCCAUGCAGUUUCCCAUGGGCCCCGCCUGCAUCUUCUUGAGGAAAGGCAUCGCCGAGAAACAGCGGGAAAGACCCCUGGGACAAGAUGAGAUCGAAGAGCUUCGGGAAGCAUUUCUUGAGUUCGACAAGGACAGAGAUGGGUUCAUCUCCUGUAAAGAUUUGGGGAAUCUCAUGAGGACGAUGGGUUACAUGCCCACAGAGAUGGAGCUCAUUGAACUGGGCCAGCAAAUCCGCAUGAACUUGGGUGGCCGUGUCGACUUUGAUGAUUUUGUGGAGCUGAUGACGCCCAAACUGCUAGCUGAAACAGCAGGGAUGAUUGGUGUCCAGGAGAUGAGAGAUGCCUUCAAGGAAUUUGACGCCAAUGGAGAUGGAGAGAUCACCCUCGGGGAGCUGCAGCAGGCCAUGCAGAGGCUCCUGGGAGAGAAGCUCACACCCCGUGAGAUCUCGGAGGUUGUGCAGGAGGCCGAUGUGAACGGAGACGGUACCGUUGACUUUGAAGAGUUUGUGAAGAUGAUGUCUCGCUGAGAAGGUUCCAGAAGCCCCAUACCCCCUCCCUGGCCAACGUGGAUCAAACAUUUGCUGAAGACUGAAUCCCCCUGGGCCCUUCCAGGAGAGAGGGUUGGAGGGUGCAUGGUGAUGGGCCCUGCAGAGAGAGCAUGAGCUGAGGUUAGCCUGGAGCGGUCACUUUGUCCAGAUAGCACUAUGGGGUGAGGGGUACCUCUCUAGAGUGAGAUUAAGAAGGAGGAGUCUACAUACAGAAAUGAGAUUGGGACUAGGGUUAGUGCCACUCCCCCAAUUCCAAAGGUUAAGGACACCUUUUGACUUUUCAUAAUCCCCAAUGCCUAUGUCUCUUCCCCAGCAUCCUCUUGGGUCCAACUCCUGAAAAAGUUCAGCCCGUAGUCCACACUUCCCCCCCUUCUUGCUUCCAAUCUCCUCAGUUUCUUUCUGCCAGUAAGAGGGGGCAUGCCGAUCUUGGGGCUACAAAUGGGGUUCCUGAUAAGACUAGGCUUAGAAAUGGUUCAUUAAAGAGGCUUUCAAAAGUGA